GAUACACGCCAAAAUAAAACAUAACCACAGAAAUGGGAACCUACACGUUAUGUCGGUGACUUACACUCAUUUAUAAACAAAUCAAUUAUACAAAUAAUACUCCUUGAUUUACUUACACCGAAAUGAAUCAUCAAAGUUAGUGUUGGUUGUAACUAGUAUUAAUACUAGCACUAGUAUCAGAACCAUGCCUGAUGAUAAAGGUCACAAACGAAAUUCUGAUGAAAUAUUGGAAAAUAACAGCUGUAAGAAAACAAAUCAAAAUGAAAGUUUAUGUUUCAUUUCUGAUGAAGAAAACAAUGAGGUCGCUAAAAAAUUAGAACAAGAACCCGAUGAUAAUGAAAAAGAAAAGAAAUAUUUCAAUGGUGUAGAAGUUUCAAAACUGAGUAAAAGGCAAAUGAAAAAAUACCAAAAGUGUAUGAAAUGGGAGGAGGUUAAAAAGGAAAAACGGCUCAAGGAACGUUUGAAACUUAAGCAGAAACGAAUUCAUGCCAAACUAAACAAUAUAGAUCUAGGCCCCAGUCGUAAAGAGCUCAAAAUGUUUAAAAUGAAAGACAGCCCGUGUAAAAUUCAUAUUUGUAUCGAUCUUGGUUUUGAUGAUCUAAUGAUUGAUAAGGACAUGGCUAAAACAGUGAAACAGAUAUUACGUGUAUAUACAGAAAAUAGAAGAUCCAAGGCCCCAAUGCAGCUUCAUUUGAGCAAUUUCAAUGGAAGAAGUGAAAAGGAAAUGGCCAAACAUCACGGGUUUGAAAAUUGGGAUAUCAACUUUCAUAAAGAAGAUUAUAUAAAAGUAUUCCCGAAGAACGAUCUUAUUUAUUUGAGCAGUGAAAGUGAGAAUGUACUUACACAACUUGAACAAAAUAAGGUGUAUAUUAUUGGCGGGCUAGUCGACCAUAAUUCACAAAAAGGUAUAUGCUACAAUAAAGCUGUAGAGCAGGGAGUAGUUCAUGCAAAACUUCCAAUUGAAGAAUAUUUCUGGAUGAAACAUAGAAAAGUUUUGACAAUAAAUCAAGUAUUCGAAAUUUUAUUGAGAGUGAGCGAAGGAAAUACCUUUAAAGAAGCAUUUGAAUUAAUCCUACCAAA